AUGGCGCGUCGGGUGUGGGAGGUCUUUGCGGUCUCUCUGACGCUGCUUCUGCUGGGGCUGGUGGACCUUGGCUGCACACAGCAGAGCGUUGGGCAGGAACUGGAGCCGAACGACGGGCCGUGGUCUGCCACACCGCUGGCCAGCGGCCAGUUUCUGUACGCCGCCAUCAGCUCAUACGCAGACAUUGACGUGUUUGUGAUUCCAACCUGCGCCGCCGGGCAGGUGAGCGUCACCGUCAUCAGCAGCCAAGACAGCGUACCACUGACCCUGAACAUGCUCAACGGCACGGCUGAUGUCGUGGGCACACAUGUGAACCCAAAACCAGGCGUGCAGCGCAUCGUGCACACGCUGUCACAAAACCGAACAAACACGUUCUUCGUCGCCAUCCGGCCAGACACGCCGCAGACAACGACAUCGCCUGCAAACGCCAGCUCCACCACACCAGCAGCCAACGCCACGACAACGACCGUUGUCCUGCAGCCCACCAAUGUGACCACAGAACAACAACAACAACAACAACAACAACAACAACAACAACAACAACAACAACAACAACAACAACAACAACAACAACAACAACAACAACAACAACAACAACAACAACAACAACAACAACAACAACAACAACAACAACAACAACAACGACGACGACAACAACAACAACAACAACAACAACCACACGAAGACGAGCCAAACAACGUGUUCCAAACAGCGACCCCGCUGCCCGCUGGAGAAACGCGCCUCGGUGCCAUCAGCACCUACGAUGACGUGGACGGCUUCAGGCUGUCAACGUGUCCUGGCGGGCUGGUCACCAUCACCGUGCAGCUUGACGGCGCCAGCGGUGACCUUGACCUCGCCCUGCUGAGUGAGGACGGGUUCAUCAUCGGCAGAAGCGAGACGUUGUCCCCUGUGGAGCAGAUUCGCCUCGACAACCGCGGCAACACAUCCGUCACCUUCUACGCUGCAGUGAUCGGUUACGCCGGGGCGGUGGGCAGCUACGCUAUCACCGCCACAGACACAUGCUGUCACAGCCACGACGAGUGUGAGCCGUCCGCAUUCUGCACCACCACGGCAACCUGCUUCGACUGCGGCGCAUGCAACCUCCUGCGUACCCCGAUUGACGGCGCUUGCCCUGGCAAGUGCAACAACGUCACCGUGAUUCAGCUUGGGGCAACGGGGCUUGCAAGCAUUGAUGGGCACACGUGGCCAGACUCCGUGCUGGAGCUCUACCUCUUCAACAACAGCCUGAGCACCAUCGACGGCCAGCAGUGGCCCCCGCGCCUCACCGUGCUUGUCCUGCACAACAACCAGCUGCGCUCUGUCGCCAACCAGCACUGGCCCGACACCCUCACCAUCCUGUUUCUCAGCGCCAACCGACUCACAACCCUCGCCGGGCAGGUGUGGCCCGCUGCCCUGGAGGAGCUGUAUGUCUUCGACAACCGCUUGGCGAGUGUGGGCAACCAGGCGUGGUCGCCGCGCAUCAACACGCUUGACCUGGGCCAGAACAACAUCACCACGUUGGAGAAGGUCGCCUGGCCGCCGGCGCUGCAGUUUCUCUACAUAGAGGACAACGCCAUCACCAGCGUGGACGGGCAGGUCCUGCCCCCGACGUUGCAGGAGCUCUUCCUGCACAACAACAGCAUCACCAGCGUCGCUGGGCAGGCGUUCCCUGCGUCGCUGCGCCUGCUCUCCCUGCACAACAACAGCCUGACAAGCGUGGUUGAGGCGUGGCCGCCGGCGCUGGUGGGCCUGUCCCUCCACAGCAACCCGCAGCUGGUGAGCAUUGCCGGGCAGCGGUUUCCCGACACGCUGCAGGAGCUGCACCUGCACCACAUGGGCCUCACCAGCAUCACGGGGCGCACGUGGCCACGCGAUCUGGUCACGCUCACCCUCAACAACAACCACAUCACCAACCUCGACGCGCAGGUGUUCUCGUCGCAGCUCACGCACAUUGCCCUGUACAGCAAUGCCAUCACCAGCCUGGACACGACGCCGCCCCUCCGCUGGCCCGAGAACCUCCAGCAGCUGCUGUUGCACGACAACGCCAUCACCAGCAUCGACGCACAGCACUUUCCGGCCCCGCUGCGCGUGCUCAGCCUGCACAACAACGCGCUGACCCGGGCCAAGCAGCACUGGCCGCAGGGCUUGCUCAGGCUCUCGCUCAACAACAACAGCAUCGCGUCAGUGGAGGGCACGGUGUGGCCGCCGCGCCUGGACACGCUUCUCCUCGACAACAACCGCCUGCACAGCAUCGACGGCCAGCGCUGGCCUGAUACCCUGGUAGAGCUUGCCCUGCACAACAACCAGAUUAGCUCCAUCACGGGCCAGGUCUGGAGCACGGCGCUGCACUCGCUCUCGCUGCGGAACAACAAGAUCACCAGCAUCGAGAAUCAGCAGUGGCCGCCACAGCUGGAGUUUCUCUACCUCUUCGACAACCUCAUCACAAGCAUCGACAACCAGACGUGGGGUGACUCGCUCACGUCCAUCUCGCUGCACAACAACCGCAUCACGCGUGUGGAGCACCAGCAGUUCCCGCCGCGCCUGCAGUGGCUCUCCCUCGACGGCAACCAAAUCCGCAGCAUCGACAAGCAAACGUGGCCGCCGCUGAUGCAGUGGCUGCGGCUGGGCCGCAAUCGCAUCACCAGCGUCGACAACCAGCGCUGGCCCGUGACCUUGUCUGAGCUGUACCUGGACAGCAACGACAUUGCAAGCAUCGACGGGCAGGUGUGGCCGCCGCAGCUGGAGGAACUGUACCUCAGGAACAACAGGAUCACCAGCAUUCAGGACCAGCAGUGGCCUGAGACCCUCACGCUGCUGUACCUGUACAACAACCGCCUGCGCUCGCUCAAGGGCCAGCGCUGGCCGGUCGCGCUCACCAAGCUCUACCUGCACGGCAACCAGAUCAGGACUGUGGCUGGGCAGCAGUUUCCACCGGGCCUGCGCGAGCUGUACCUCAACGACAACCUCAUCACGGGCGUGGGCGGGCUUGCACUCCCGCCGCAGCUGUACGAGCUUCGCCUCAACGGCAACCGCAUUCAAGGGCUCGCAGCGCCGCUGGCAUGGCCACCGACGCUGGGCAUCCUACGCCUGGACGACAACCUCAUCACCAGCGUGGACGGGCAAACGUUUCCGUCGACCCUGACGCUGCUUCGCCUCAACGGCAACAGCCUCACCACCAUCGCCGGGCAGCAGUGGCCCCGAAGCCUGGCCAUCCUCUCCCUCAACCAUAACGCCAUUACGCAGGUGACCAACCAGACGUGGCCGCGUGCGCUCACCGACCUUCGGCUCGACCACAACCAGAUUGCCGACAUUGAGCAGCUGCCGCCCGCACUCACGUCUCUCGAUGCGUCCUUCAACCGCCUCGGCUCUGCUGCCAGCGUGGCGUGGCCGGUGACGCUUGUGUCGCUUGCGCUCGCCUCCAACCAGAUCAACACCAUGCCCCACCACGCUGGCGUGUGGCCGCCACGCCUGACGUCCCUCAACCUCGACAACAACCCCUUUGAGAGCAUCUUCAACGAACUUCUUGAGCGCCGCGCGGGCGACCCGCUGCCGCGGCUGACACAGUACCUGCCCUGCACCCUGCAGUCGUUCAGCGCACAGCAGCCCAUCCACCCGUGGCAGUGCACCGUGGAGCGAGUGAACGUGACGGCGCAAACAGACCUGAGCAAGCUGGCGUGCGCCAACGCAUCCCUCCUUCGGCCGGGGGACACGGCGUACGUGUGGACGUGUGAGCUGACGCAGAACGGGGAAGCGCGCGUGCAGUCAUCCGAUGCCUUCCGCGCCAAAACGUUCAAUGAUGCGGACGCGGCGUACGUCCCGUUUUACAUUGCCGUCUUCCCCGUGUGCUUUGUGGUGUGCGCGGUGCUGUGGUAUGCGCGGCGGCAGAAGCGAAGGCAGGCGUUCCUGUGGGUGCUGCUCUUCUUCUCUGCCGUCGACCUGGGCAGUGACUGGGCGUUUUACGCCAUUGAAAUCACCAGCCGCAACUUCCGCGAGGCGUACGCCUGCACGCCGUCGGAGCCCGUGCAGGUGUGCAGCUCUGACGGUGCUGUCCUCGACUGCGGCAGCUUUGGCGACCUGCACAACCCGUGCCGCGACCACCUCAACGCGCUCCCCGGUGCCAUUAACGAGUGCGAGUGCCAUGGGCUCAAGUGCAACUCGGACUUUUCCAUCGAGGACGUGUGCGCGCCGCUGGUGGCCAACCACGACACGACCACGUUCAGCGACCUCAGCUGCACGGGCUACAGCGCACUCGAUGACUACGUGAACGCGACGUGCGGUUUCCUGCACGAGACGCGACCAAACGCCAACGGCACGAGCGAGUGUGAGUGUUACGGGUACACGUGCAUGCCCCUGGCGGGCAGCGGGACCCGGUGCAAGGGGUGGUAUGGGGGCAACUACGCGGCCCUGCGCUGGGUGUGCUUCGUCUCAUGCUGCGUUGGGUCGGUGCUGUGGGGGCUGACGUCUGCGAUUAAGCUGUCCUCCUCUGUCCAGGACCAGCUGGCGCGCGGUUGUCGCCACCCCGAAGACAGCGGCGAAGACGGCGAUGAAAACGGUGAUGCUGGUGGUGAUGCUGGUGGUGGUAGUGGUGGUGGUACUACUGAUGAUGAUGAUGAUGGUGAUGACGACGAUGAUGGUGGUGAUGGUGGUACUGUUGGUGGUGAUGGUGGCACUGUUGGUGGUGAGGGUGAGGUGAGUGAAGAAGUGAACGAGGCGCGGGCGCGGCUUGCGGUACGGUUGGCGGUGACUGCCCUGCUGCUUGAGGACCUGGUCCAGUUCAGCAUCCAGCUCAUCUACAUCAGUGUCCUUGAUGUGAUUGAGAACGCGCUGGUGUUUGUGUCCAUGAUUGCCACGGUGGUGAGCGUGUUCCUGACUGUCCUCUUCCUCGCCAACCGCUACAGCACGUACCUGCGCCACCACGGCACGCUUGUUGGCAAGGCCACGGCGUAUGUGUUUACGCUUGGCGGCGCAAUUCCGCGGGCUGCGGAGCGCAGGCAGGCAUGGCUUGCAGAGAAGAAGCGACAGGCAAGCUACCGGAUGUGGCUGCAGAACAAGCAGCGACAGCAAGACCACCACGGCAAGCCAGCGCUGUCACACGCGGCACCAAUGCUGACAGUGGUCAACGGCACUGGAAAGGACAAGACUCGUGAGCUCAAAUCGUCACUGCAGCUCACACGUGCAUUGGAGAGCGCCGUGCCCGGGUCCCCGGCCUACGGGUUUGGUGAUGACGGUGGUGAGAAUGGGAAGUUGGGCAAGAAGGAUGAAGAGGAUGCCGAGAGCGAGGGCGGCAUGGGCGAGUGCUGUGAAGACACGGUUGAGAUGUGCUUUGGUGUCAUUGCCACGUGUCUUGUUGGCGCUGAACUUGGUGGCAUGUGAGAACUUGAUGGCAUGCGGCGGGUGGUUGUAGUUGUAGUUGCAGCGAAACUCGAGGCUGUCGUUAAAGGUAGGUUUUUUUUUUUUUUUUUUGACGUGAGGGUUGUACGACACAGCUGUUUGUCAUCAGUUCCAUAAAAGGAAAGCAG